AUGGCCUCGAACAGUGGCAGUCAAAAGAAAACCUACGUGUCCACUCUGAGGCUAAACCUGAAACCUUCAGCGCCACAACAACGAGAGACCCAGGAGAGGAAGAGGGUGGAGAACGGGACGGUCGUUAAUAUCGUAGUGGCCACUGGCAGGGAGGACACGCCGCUGAAGACGGGAACAGUUGCUCGUGUAAAAGCUGCAGAUGCUGCCACAGACUCACAGAGAAAAAGGCUCAGCCCACAGACCAAGCCAACCAAUAAGGGUCAAGACGCACACAAGAGCAAGAAAGCUCCUGUAGUUGAAUUCCUGUCACCCCAAGAGCAGGUGGAGAUUUGUAUUGGACAGACAGCGAAACUGCUCUGUGAAUUUAACAGCCCAUUUCCUGUGGCCUCCUGCUGGAUUCACAACAGAAAGAAGGUGGUCGUGGAAAGUCAGCGUGUGCGUGUGGAAAACAGCAGAAACAGCAGUACUUUGAUCAUCUCUGAGGUGUUGUCUUUGGAUGCAGGAAGGUACUCCCUUUUUGUGAGGAACUACAGAGGCACAGCUCAGCACACAAUCACCCUCAGUGUUGUAGAUCGUCCUGACCCACCAGCCUCCUGUCCAUUUGUGUCCCAAUUGACCAGUAGCUCCCUGGUGCUGUCCUGGUCAGGGCCUGGCUACGACGGAGGCUUAGCUGUCACGGGCUACCAGGUGGAGUGUCGAAAGGUAGGACCAGACCAGCCAGGGGACUGGACCGAGUUGACCAGCCACUGUAAGAACACCUCGUAUCGGAUUCGCUCAGGCCUAGACCCCCAGGGAGAGUACUGCUUCCGUGUCAGGGCCCAAAACGCAGUGGGAGCGAGUGACCCCAGCGAGGAGUCAGACUGCAUUAGGAUGGAAACGGCAGGUAUUUCAAAAGCAGAGCUUCAGUCAUAUGUAGAUGUCGUUGUUGACACCAAACACAGAGUCCAAGACCAUUACAACAUCCAUGAGAAGCUUGGUGUAGGAAAAUUUGGGCAGGUGUUUAGGCUAACGCAUAAGGAGACUGGUCGCGUGUACGCCGGAAAGUUCUACCGGGGUCGUGGGUCCAAAGAGAAGGCUGCCGCUCGUAAGGAGAUUCAGCUGAUGAAUGAGUUGCACCACCCAAAACUGGUGCAGUGUCUGGGUGCAUAUGACAUUGGUUCAGAGAUCGUCAUGAUCAUGGAAUACAUUGCGGGUGGGGAGUUGUUCGAGCGUAUUGUGGAUGAUAACUUUGAGCAUACGGAACCGACCAGCGCUCGGUACAUGAAACAGAUCCUGGAGGGGAUCCAGUACAUCCAUGAGAAAACCAUCGUUCACCUCGAUCUGAAACCCGAGAACAUCGUCUGUGUCAACACCACAGGAACGCUCAUCAAGAUCAUCGACUUUGGACUGGCCAGCAAACUGGAGCCAGGAACUCCUCUUAUGGUGUUGCACGGCACCCCUGAGUUUGUAGCCCCUGAGGUGAUCAAUUAUGAGCCUGUGUACCUGGCCACAGACAUGUGGAGCAUCGGGGUCAUCUGCUACAUCCUACUGAGUGGUGAGUCUCCAUUUCAGGGGAACAGUGAUGCGGAGACUCUGGCUUUGGUCACUGCUGCAAAAUGGGAGUUUGAUCCAGAAAGUUUUGAUGACAUCACUGCUGAAGCCAAAGACUUCAUCUCCUCUCUGCUGAAGAAGGAUGUGAGAGCGAGGCUGUCAUGUGCUGAUGCUUUAGCCCACCCUUGGAUGGCCUCUUUCUCAUCCCAUCAAGGCCGAGUCACCAAAUCACUCAAUAAGGAGAAGAUGAGGCAUUUCCUGGUCAAGCAGAAGUGGAAAAAAACAGGUAAAGCGGUCCUGGCACUGAACAGGAUGGCUCUUCUCUCCAACAAAUCAGACACCUCAGACUCCCCUGCCAGCCCCACGGAUAAUGAGGCGGAGCAGGCGGUACAGGGUCUGGAUGAGAAGCUGAAGAGUGAGCCACGGUUCCACCAGGUCCUGAGCGACAUCACGGAACCACAGGGAUCUACGGUCCGGAUGGCCUGUCAUAUUUACGGCUACCCUGACCCAGAGGUGGUUUGGCUGCAGGACGGGGAACUACUGGAGGAGACCGAGCGUGUGCGGAUUGAGUACGAGGAGAGCGGCCUCUGCACUCUGAUUCUGACGGAUGUGAAACCAGAGGAUUCUGGGAUAUACAAGUGCCAAGCUUCCAACAGCCUGGGUCAGGCGUUAUGCUCUGCCAAGCUUAGCGUGGAACUCUAG